UGAACAAAGAGACAUGCCAGGAAACAGUUUGUUAUUCUUCAUCACUACGGAGAGACGAACGGACUGAAAACCAGACGAUCAGAUUCACCUUCAGACCAAACUAACAACUUCCUCUGAGUUCAGCUACAGGAGAGAAAAGAGGAAACUACAACACUGCUGCUUCAACCUGAGGACCCUCCACCCCCUGAAGAGAGACGGACUGAAAACCAGACGAUCAGAUUCACCUUCAGACCAAACUAACAACUUCCUCUGAGUUCAGCUACAGGAGAGAAAAGAGGAAACUCCAACACUGCUGCUUCAACCUGAGGACCCUCCACCCCUGAAGCUUCACUCAGAGACAACAUGGCUUCCAGAUCCAACAAUGAAGCGGCAAAACACCUGGAGGAGCUUCAGGUGUUGUAUCUAACAGCAGGACACCUGACGGUCCAGGCCCGACACACAGAGACGCAGAUUAAGAAGCAGUUUAAGAAGCUUCACCAGUUUCUAAAAGACGAAGAGGAGGCCAGGAUGGCUGCACUGAGGAAGGAAGAGGAGCAGAAGAGGAAGAUGAUAGAGGAGAAGAUGAAGGCUGUGGGCAGAGAGAUAGCAGCUCCACAGCUGCCCUCAGGAGCUCUGAUAGACCAGGCCAAACACCUGGGCAACCUCAGCUUCAACAUCUGGAGCAAGAUGAAGGACAUGGUGUCCUACUCUCCUCUCAUCCUGGACCCAAACACUGCUGGUUCUGACCUCAUCUUGUCUGAAGAUCUGACCAGCGUGAAGCGAGGAGAGGAACAGGAACUUCCUGAUAAUCCAGAGAGGCUUGAUUAUGUCUUCUCUGUCCUGGGAUCUGAGGGCUUUAACUCAGGGACUCACAGCUGGGAGGUCCAGGUUGGAGACAGUACAGAAUGGAAACUGGGUGUGUCAGUAGAGUCUGUCCAGAGGAAGGGAAUCAUAGGGUCUGGAGUAUGGAGAAUAGAUUAUCAUCAAGGUAACUACUCAGCAGGGUCACCAUCAGGUCCAGACACUCCUCUCAGCCUGAAGAAGAAGCUCCAGAGGGUCAGAGUGAAUCUGGACUGGGACAGAGGAAAGCUGUCGUUCUUUGGUCCUGACCCUGACACACACAUACACACCUUCACACACACUUUCACUGAGAAGAUGUUUCCAUACAUUUCCACUGAGGAUGGAGUGAAGAUAUUACCAGGGAAGGUGUGUGUGAAAGUGGAUCAGAGCAGUUAGAUCAACAGGAGGAUUAUAUCUCUGAUGGAGUUCAACUGAAUUUAAAAUCUGAAGCUGCAACCUUUAUUAAACUGAACUACAUGCAGUUAGCUUAGUUUCUUCUCCUUAACACGUGGGACCAACCAAAGCUUGUAAGAAUCAUGUUUCUCCAUAACUCUCAUUAACAUGGAGUUUGAUUUAGAGCCAAUGAGAGGAAGAGCUUUCUUCACAUGAUGAAUGAUUUCAGAUCUUUAUGUCGGGUUAGUUUAACCUUUUCUGUUUCAUUGAUUCUGUGUCAUUUUAAAUUGUUGUUCAUUUCUGAUUUGUGUGUGACGGGAUCCAGAAUAAAUACAAACAUUUAUCCACCUGAA